AUGGGAAAGUAUGCAAUCACCGUCAUAGGCCCAGCGGGCUCAGGCAAGAGCACACUCUGUGGGGUUCUGGCGGAGCAUUACGCCAGCAAAGGCCGUUCGACGCACAUCGCCAACGUCGAUCCCGCCGCGGAGGAGCUGCCGUAUGACCCCUCGAUCGACGUGCGGGAUUUGAUUUCCCUUGAGGAUGCGAUGGAGGGGAAGGGGCUAGGACCGAAUGGCGGGCUCGUCUUCUGCAUGGAGUAUCUCGUUACGACGGGUUUACCGUGGCUGCGUGAUCAGCUCGGCGAUUAUGCGGAGGAUUUUGUGAUAUUCGACAUGCCAGGGCAGGUUGAGGUGUCGUCUACUCACCCCGCCGUGCCCGCGUUCGUGAGUUUUCUUCAGCAAGAGGGGUACCAUACCACGGUGCUCUACCUGCUAGACGCCCUGGCAACCACCGUAGAUGGUGGUAAAUUCAUCUCAGGCUGCCUUUUCUCGCUUUCUAGCAUGGUGUGCUUUGAGUGCCCUUUUAUUAAUGUGCUCACUAAGUGCGACUUGCUCGAUCAGGCGUUUCAGGACGAAGUGCUCGAGCAUUUUUGCAUGUGUGAUUUGGACCACUUAGAUCUCUCACGGCUCCCACCGCAGUGGCGGAAGAUGGUGCGGCAAAUCAGCUCUAUCAUCGAUGAUUACAAUUUGGUCACUUUCAAGCCCAUGAACAUUCAAGAAAAUGUCUACAUAAGUAACUUUUGCGCGCUGCUAGACGAGACGCUACAAGUGGUCGACGAGGCGGAGGUGAAAGACUUUGACAUGUAUGCGGAGGAGACGGGAGAAUGA